AUGCAAACUGCACUUGCUUCGUGUAUCACCGGUCUUACAUCCACUCUCCAAGCCCUUUUAGCCCGCUUGGAACCACCCUCUACCUCCACUCCUCAAGCUUCAAGCUCUAGUGCCUUACCCUCUCAACCUUUAUCCAACCCUAAGGGUGGCAUCAAUGCCAUCACCUUGAAGUCCGACACCAAAUUGCAGGAGAGAAUUGAGCCAAGCCUAAUAGAAAUCACUCAAGAUGAGGAUGUGGUUGAGAUAGAAGAGGUUGAAGAAGAGGAUGAAGCCCAAGAGGUAGUUGAAGAGGUGAUUGCUCAACCAAGAGGAGGAAAAUAUAAAGAUGGUGAUGUCUUGCAAGAAGCCACUCCAAUGCCAUUGCCUAUAUUGGCAAGGAAAACCCAAAAGCAAGUUGAGUUAGACCCCAAAAUGGUGGAGAUGUUCAAAAAAGUUGAGGUAACUAUCCCUCUCUUUGAUGUUAUCUGCCAAGUGCCUAAAUAUGCAAAGUUUCUAAAGGACUUAUGUAUGCACAAGGAGAAAAUUUGUGAAUUAGAAACUAUACCAUUGGGGAGCUCAAUUUCCGCUUUAAUGGAUGGUGUACUGGAAAAGUGUGGCGACCCCGGCCCUUGCCUAGUAACUUGCACCAUAGAUGGAGUCCAAUUUGUUGAUUGUUUGUGUGAUCUUGGCGCUUGUGUGAGUAUUAUGCCCUUGUCCGUAUAUGAGGUUCUAAAGCUUCUGCUGUCGAAACGGUCAGCCGCUCGAUUUGUUUUGGCAGACAAAAGCAUAAUUUUCGUGGUUGGUAUAGCAGAGGAUGUCAUAGUGAGUAUAAAGGGGUUGGUUUUCCCUAUUGAUUUCCACAUUCUCAAGAUGCCCCCUAGUGACUCCGGUAGGACAUCAUCUAUUUUGCUUGGGAGGCCAUUCUUGAAGACCUCCCAAUUCAAAUUAGAUGCGUUUUCGAGCACUUAUUCGUUUGAGAUCGAUGGAAGAAAAGUGAGCUUUAAUCUUGAUGAAGCCAUGAGACAUCUAUCGGAGGAUCACUCUAUCUUCUGGUGUGAUUUGAUUGAUAAUUUUGUAGCCGAAGUUUAUCAAGAUGGCUUUGAUGGAAAGAGUAUGAAUCAAGACCCAAGUGUAGGGAGUUCCCAUGUAUGUGAAGAAGAUGCCUUAUCACCUCCAAUGAUACCGGAGGACAAACUGCCAAGUCAUGAACAACAUGCGGAUUUGAAGCCACCCCCAUCCCACCUAAAAUAUUCCUUUCUUGAGAAGGACCAAAAGUUUUCGGUAAUAGUUGCAAGGGAGCUCACCUCCCACCAAGAAGAAAAUUUGCUCAAGUAUGUGAACACCGAAUUUUCUUAG